AUGGAGCUCGAUCCAGACAGUCUCGACAGUGUCUGUGAAGCAGCCGAGCAUAUUGUGCAAGGUCAAAUUAACUACUACGAAGGUCUCUCGUACGGUGGAACCGUUGGUGGGUUCGUUGCGCCUUACUACUGGUGGCAUGCCGGAGAAGUGUUUGGCGGUUGGGUUGACUACUGGCACUUUUGUAAGCCUGACAACGAGACUUUUGAGAAGAUCUUGUCUGAUGCCAUGUUGCACCAGGCGGGGUCCAAAUGGGACUACAUGCCCAGCAACCAGAGUAUGACUGAGGGUAACGAUGACCAGGGUAUCUGGGGAUUGGCGCUUUUGCAAGCUGCCGAGAGAAACUUCACCGACCACGAGGACCACUCCUGGUUGUCGUUGGCGCAGGCCAUUUACAACCAGAUGCUGUCUCGUUGGGACGACACUACAUGUAACGGUGGUUUGAGAUGGCAGAUUUUCACCUGGAACUCCGGUUACAACUACAAGAACUCCAUCAGUAACGGUUGUUUCUUCCAUAUUGCCGCUCGUUUGUACCGUUAUACUGACGAUGACAGAUACCUUAAGGAGGCCGAGAAGAUCUGGGACUGGAUGUGGGGCGUUGGUUUCAUGAAGUACAAGGAAGAGAAUGAUGACUUUAUCAUCUACGAUGGUGCCGAUGACCAGACUAACUGCACUGACUUGACUGUCCACAGAUGGUCCUAUAUCUACGGUGUGUUCCUUGGAGGUUGUGCUUACCUCUACAACGCCACUGGCGAUGACAUCUGGAAGGAAAGAGUAGAGGAAAUUUUGGUGGCCACUGAUGACUACUUUUACAACAACUCCAUCUUGAUUGAGAAGACAUGUGCCCCAUGGGGCAGGUGUAACACUGACCAGCGUUUCUUCCUCGCUCUUCUCACAAGAAACAUGGGUUUGACCGCCACUUUGAUCCCAUCAAUGCACGACCACAUCAGAGACAAGAUGUUGAAGAAGAGUGCUGUCGCCGCGGCGCAGUCGUGCUCUGGUGGUGACGAUGGCGUUACUUGUGGCCAGAACUGGAACUACAACGGCUGGGACGGUAAGUUUGGUUUGGGUGAACAAACCAACGCUUUGGAAACAAUCAUGACAAUGAUCACUACCGACCACGUGCCAUACACUGCGGACACAGGUGGACUGUCAAAAUCAGUCCCGGACUCCGGCAAUCAUUCCACCACAUCGGUGAACAAUAACGUUUUCGAUGUGGCCACCAAAGAUAGAGCUGGCGCGGCAGUGUUGACGGCAGUGGUGUUGGGCUUGACGUUGUCGGGAGAUGAGCUGAGUUCGUUUUUCAUGGGUCAGGAUGACGGGAGUGACGUUGCAUCUAUCAGCUCAUCCCGAUCCCUUCCGUCCACCCUCAGCUCAUUGCCUACAUCUGAGGAUCAGGAGUCCUUCCAUUCCUGGCUUCAAGAAGAGCACGCUAGAAGAUACUCAGCUAUAAACGACAAUGAGUCCCAGGAACGCCGUUCUUAUGGCUCCCGUCUGUCUAGACCAUCAACGAAAACAGGAGGCGCUCUAGUUGGCAUCGAAGAUUUUGGAAGACUAAGAACCACGAAUUCCCGAGAGGGCCGGAUGCUUCUCAGGUACUCGCUUCCACUUAUAGUGACAUUCGUUCUUGAGCACUUUUUCUCCAUUGUUUGCUUACUUGUGGUGGGCCACUUGGGUAAGAAUGAGCUUGCAGCGGUAUCUCUAGGUUCCAUGACGUCCACCAUCUCGUUGGCCAUUUUUGAGGGCAUUGCAACUGCCUUAGAUACGUUGUGUCCUCAGGCUUAUGGCGCAGGGAACCUAGAGAUGGUCUCUGUUCAUGUUCAACGGUGCAUGAUGUUCUCCAUGCUUGUCUUUAUUCCUGUUGCAUUGUUCUGGUGGAAUUGUCAUUACCUUUUGCGUUAUGUGAUCCAGGAGCAGCAGGUGCUCGAGCUCACCACAUUAUUCCUCCGUAUCUUCAUUCUUGGAGGACCUCCUUACAUCUUUUUCGAAUGUUUUAAACGUUUUUUGCAAGCUCAAGGCAUCUUUGAGGCUGGUACUGGAGUCUUGUUUGUCAGUGCACCUCUCAAUAUUGCCCUUUCGUGGUUCCUUGUCUGGAACAAGACUUACGGCAUUGGCUACGCCGGAGCGCCUAUUGCAACUGUCAUCAACUUUUGGGUGAUGGAUAUUUUGCUCGUCAUGUACACAAUCUUCAUCGACGGAAAGCAAUGCUGGAAUGGGUUCUGCUCAAUAGCAGACCUCUUUCGUAAAUGGGGUCAGCUAUCGCAUUUGGCUAUUCCGGGUAUAGUCAUGCUUGAGUCUGAAUACGUGGCAUACGAAAUCAUGACCCUUUUCGCCCUGUAUUUCGGCACUGUUGAAUUGGCGGCACAGAGUGCCGUGGGGUCGAUAGCCUCUCUCACUUAUAUGGUUCCAUUUGCAGUGAGCAUUGCUGCGUCAACUCGUAUUGCUAACUUUAUUGGUGGCCAGAACAUUUUCUCUGCCAAAAAGGCAACAAACACAAGUCUCGUAUUUGGAUUAGUCGUCGCCUGCCUAAAUGGCCUCGUACUCUGGAGUGCAAAGGGAUUUAUCGCAGGCCUUUUCACGAAGGACGAAGAGGUUGUGGAGCUUAUCAAGCGGCUUUUGAACCCGCUUGUGUCGGUGUUGCAAAUCUUUGACGGUGUAGCUUCAGUGGCAAGUGGUGUGCUCCGGGCUCAAGGUCAACAAAAAAUUGGUGGUGUUAUCAACUUUCUUUCAUACUACGCGUUUGGCUUGCCAUUGGCGCUUGUGCUUUGCAAGACCCUUGAUCUCAAGCUUUUCGGCUUGUGGAUAGGUAUAGGCAGCGGCAUGGUGCUUAUCAGUCUAAGCGAAACUAUAUUCAUCCUCUUAUGUGACUGGGAGGCUAUCAUGAUGAAAGCUGGUCUUAUGAUAGAAACAGACUCUGAUUCAGAUAUGUGA